UACUGGAAACGCUACAGCCGGAAGCUUUGAAUAUGAGGGAAAAUAAAAAGUGUAUUUUUCAACAUUAUGGAUCAUGACGGAAAAUGAUGCUAAACAGUAAUGGAAGUGUAGAGCUUAAAGACCAGAGAGCAUUUCUAAAGCGGCGUAAAAUUCAUCUGGACAGAGUGGACUGUUUUUCCCUUGCCAGGACAGCUGAGGGGAGUUCAAGUCUCUCAGAUCCUCUCUUGAAUGGCAUUAGGAGAGGAAGAAAUCAACAGUUGCUUCCAAUUUAUAGAACACAAAAGAACAGAAUGAAUAAUUGUAAUAAGAAUUCAUCAGACUGUGCCUUUGGAUUUCAGUCAGCCGCAAAUUUUCACCAACAAGAGACUUGUCCAGAGCUGCCCAGUCAUGAAGGCACGCCAUCGAAAAUCUCUAAUGAAGGCACAGAAACGCCAAAGAAAACAACUAGAAAUGUGAAGUCAAACAUGCCUUCAAACCAGAAAAGCCUCACUUCCUAUUUUAGCUCAAAUGAAAAUGAUUUUCAUGGAAAACCCCAGUUCAAUGCAGCUUCACCAAGAUCCCAUCAGUUAUCUGGGGAGUCUUCUGCUUCCGCCAUUUAUAUUAGUGACUCUGACUCUACAAGCAGGUCUCCAGCAACAUCUAAUCAACCUUCAGGCAGUCACAAUAGAACACCUUCAAAAAUGUAUUCUCCCAUCAAACUGCUCGGAAACUCGUCAUCAAUUUACACCACAGAUUUAGAUUCACCUACAUCUAGUCAACAGUCCAAUUGUGUACAAAAGAUGAAAAAUACUGAAAGGACUGAUGUUGUGAAAGCAUUGUUUGAAGGACAAAAGAAUUUGGCCAAAAAUAUUCCACAGAGGAAAAGAAAAAGAAAUGAAGGAGGAAAAUCUUUGCCUAUCCUAUCUAAGGUGCCAAAGACAAAAGCAGCUUUGUUUUCAAAAGAAAUGGAAGAAAUGAACUCUUCAGAUGAUGAUGCUUUGUGUACAGCUGAAGUGGCAACAGAUUCUAAAUUUGGACUUCUCGGAUACCAGCCUGCUGAAAAAAUAAAUUACUUUGAUAAACUUCCAGAUGAACUGCUACAAAAAAUAUUCUGUCAGUUGCCUAUUUUGGAUCUUUGUUUGAAUUGCAACAGAGUUUGCGUUAGAUGGAAUGAGGUUAUUUCACAAGAGAAGUUUAUGAGGUGGAAGAAACUUUACUAUAAGCUGAAGAAAGAUAAUCAGAAUUCCAACGAGUCCAAGCUUGCUGUCAGGAUGAUCAUGAGGGAGAAUGGAAUGAUGAAUACAUCUGAGUAUCUUACUGGUCUCAUCAGGUAUUUCAAAUCAUUUUAUUCCUUCCCUAUGUCGGUGUACAGAGACAUCGUGGAAAAGCUAGAGGGUCACAAGAAAUACACCUGGGCUAAAGCUCUGCUGGCGGAGAGGAUGCCAGAACUCAUUAUUGAUGGGGUUCCGAACCCGUGGAGUACGAUAGUGACCCUCGUCGUGAUCUCGGAGACAGUAGGGGAUGUACAGGAAGUUAUAAGUUGUAUGGCUCGCUCUACUUGUCUGACAGAGGACAUUCUGGAGAUGCUGUACUGCUGUGCCUCCAUUUUGCUGGUGAUGAAAUUCCUCAGAAGACGAGCUGUAUGGAAUGGAAUGCAUUACCGGUUGUUCUAUGCCCUGUAUUUGUUUGAGAAUACAUCUGUGUCUUAUUGUGGUGAUCUGAGACCAGCACUCAGGGGAGGGCAGCAAAGCAUCAUGUCUUACAGUCGGGCAGAUGCUGUUGUAAAAUUAACACAUGAACAACUAAGAAUUGUUAAUCACAAUGUACAGCCAGGGGAAGUAAUCAAGAUCAUGGCAUUUGCAGGAACCGGUAAAACAUCAACACUAGUUCGCUACACUCAGCUCCGACCAAACAGCAAGUUUCUGUUGGUGGUUUAUAACAGGUCUGUUUGUGAUCAUGCCAAAACAACAUUUCCUAAGAAUGUAGAGUGCCAGACUGGACAUUCAUUAGCCUUCAAAGCAGUGGGAAGGAAGUACAAAGACGCCAAUAAGCUGCGUGAUCUGUCUGUGUACUCAGUCACUCAAAUUCUACCGUCCCGGAAGGGAGACAACCUGUUCAUCCGAGCCAAGCUUGUACAGGACACCUUAAAGACAUUCUUUUCCUCAGCGGACCAGAACAUCUCCCUGGAGCAUGUUCCAAGCCACAGCAUGAAUGACAAUGGAGUGAGAACCGAAAUUGAUCCAAAUAAGAGGCAGGGUUAUGUGAAUGAUGCCAAGUAUCUCUGGGAUCGUAUGAAGGAUCUGAGAAAUCGGGACGUACCGAUGCCCCACGAUGGCUAUCUGAAGCUGUAUCAGUUAUACCGGCCCAAACUCCGAAAUUACGACUGUAUCCUGAUAGACGAAGCCCAGGAUCUGACGCCAGCUUUAUCUGACCUCCUCCUGGGACAAUCACAGGCCAAGAUACUAGUGGGAGACCCCCACCAACAAAUCUACUCCUUCCGAGGGGCUGUCAAUGCUCUACACAGGAUCAGUGCUUCUGUCAUCUUCUACUUAACUCAGUCUUUCCGCUUUGGCCCAGAGAUAGCAGAGGUGGCAGCCUGCUGUAUAGAAGAACUGAAGCAUGAGAAGAAAACAUUGGUGGGAAAUGGAACCCCCUGCAAUGUUUAUGGAGACGUCAGUGGCCAGAUAGCAGUGCUGUGUCGUUGUAACUUUACUGUGUUUUCUGAAGCCGUGAAGAAAUGUUGUUAUUCUGGGGAAACCAACAUUAAAGUGGCUUUUGUUGGGGGAACUGAUGGCUUUGGAUUUCCAAUGUUACAAGAUCUGUACACUCUCAUGCUGUCUCCAGAGGAAAGAGUUAAACAAAAAAGAACAAUAGAGAACAAACUGGUUGUGAAGUUCAAAAGUUUUGCUGAGUUUGAGCAGUUUGCAACAAAGACAAAUGAUGUGGAACUCCUGGGGAAAAUUAGAAUUGUCAGAACGUACCACCAUAACCUCCCUGUCACUAUUCACAAAAUCCUCGCUCACACUGUCAGAGAUCUCAAUAUGGCUGAUAUGAUCUUCAGUACAGUCCACAAAGCUAAGGGCCUGGAGUUUAACACAGUUAGACUGACUGAUGAUUUCAAUGUAGAAGAAAAUUUACCAGGGGUACUUAGACCAGUGCCGGUCAGUGCUGACGAGUAUAACCUUCUGUAUGUAGCGGUGACCAGAGCCAAGCGGGCACUUCUGAUGACCCCCACACUGGUGGAGCUCAUGAAGAGGGCAGGGGAGGUAUACGAUUUUCCUGUGCUAAGUUCCCACUUGGUUAACUCGGGUGUGAAGAUGAAGUGUAAAGUGACUGAUGAAGAGUUCUCUCCCUUUGCUCUAACUCUGCAAAAAAAGACAAUAAUUACAAGUGAUGGGUUGGUGUUGGAAGGAGGCUUGUAUGGACCAAAGAUUUUAAAAAAGGGGAAUCACCAGUUCAGUGCUUUAUUGGGUGACCCCAACGAGGUGCCACUGGAGUCGAGGGGACUCGAUGUUAUCAUAAAGAUUGGAGGCUUCUUAUAG